AGGCAGCGGCGGUCACAGGAGGAGGCGGGGCCUCAGCAGGGCGGGGGGGCUGCUGCUGGCUGCCUCCUCUCCUGUCUGUCAGACUGAGGGAGGAACUUUUCCUCUUCAUCAUCUGUGGAUUCAUCCUGCUUCACUUUUCAGGAUUCUGUGAGGCGACGGGAGAUUUGAUACGAUAAGAUGUACGCCAUCACCCGGGAGAUCAUGCCGGGCUUCCCGGAGAGCAUCCCGCUCGGGGAGUGCACGCUGUCCCAGUCCAAGGACGAGCUGACGCCCCCCAGCCGCUCGGUCAGCAUGGCGCUGACGCUGUCCCGCAGCGACUCCCUCUGGGCGGCGGAGCCGGCUCCCAGCAGGUGCGAGGUCUUCUGGUUCCCCAUCCACUUCAUGUCCACCGGUGGCAGCUUCCUGGUGUGCGGCGCCAUCAUGAGCGGCCUGUACUUCACCGGCCACUGCAGGAAGGUCACCAACAUCCUGGGGCCGGCGCUGCUGUCCAUCGGGCUGAUGGUCUUCGUGGUGGGGGCGGUGCUUAUCCCUAUCACCAAGAAGAACAGGAAGCGGUCGGUGACGAAGAGGCCUCUGAGUUACCACAAGCCGCCGGCGUUCAACCUGUGACGGGUCUUUGCAGCAUGCAGGAACGGUUUCCCGCCGCCGUCGGCCCAAACGCGCAUGAGGACAUUUGCAAAGGAACAUGGGAGCCCAAGGACCAAUCCGUCCCACUGAGAGCGGACUUCAGGGGAGGCUCUUAAAUAUUA